CUAGAUAUGUACCUCGAAGUGGCGAUUUAAUCCAUAUGGAUCUCGUCAUAUAGUCUAGAGAUACAUCCUCUUGCGAAAUGAAACAAGAACUGCUUCAGCGUAUAUGGAAACUUGAGAAACUAGAGGGGUUUAAUGGAUUUGGGACCCUGGUGAAUUCCGCCAUCCCGGCGGCUGUUAGAUGGAUUGCCAUCUUGGCAAUUGUGACGUUAUUGGACAUUAUCGGCGUAUUCAGGUCCUUUCCUGCAUUGGAUGCAGGAUUACAGAUAUUUAUACAUGUCUUCAUGCGCAUGAAACAAGUAAGAAGGCUAAACCUGCUCAGAAGCAACUGUGUUUACUUGGUUUUGGCGGUUUAUAAGCUUUUCUCAAAAGUGCGAACCAACACGAUAUAGACGUAGCGAUUGUUUAGUUCUAGGUACAC